UCUGCCUCUCAGAACUUUACUGCGCCAACCUGGAACGCUUUCCCGAGUAACCAUCAAAACAGAACUUUUUCUCCGUGGCGACGGAUCCAGGAAGUCAGUCCUCGGGCAGGCGCCCCUCGGCAAAGGGGGGUCCAGAUGGGCAGACUGCCCUUCAGCUCAACAGAGGGAUUAUGCAGCAACCGAAACUGUUUUACCCCCAGCAUGAGACGUACAACCCUCGGCCUUUAGAGCGACCAGACGGACAGUCAAACCGGCCCUUCCCGGCUUUCGUUCUCCCUGAAAACAUUGCCUCCGUAGGGACACCCAGCUUGUACCACGCCCCCAGCCAAGAGAAAGAGAUAUUUGCAACACCCCCGGCAGGCUUCCACAUGGCUCCGUGCGGGUGCUUCUUUGACCCCAGGAUCUACCGCAUCGAGUGGGCUACGGCCAACUUCGUCCAGCCCUCCGUGUACAAACUCUCUGGUGCGCCGGGCCCGCAGAACACCUACCUGCUGGACGGCCAGAAAUACCUCAAGAGCCCCGUCCAGCCGGUGCCAUACCCGGCCUACCAGCCGGUCGCCAGCAACCCCCCGUUCGUCUUGCCCUUCUUCAAGCCCGAGGGGCCCUCCACCCACUUGGCGGACCACAUCGGCUUCGUGGGGAGCCCUGCCCAUGGCUCCCCCUUUGCGGAGGCGGUCUCUCUCCACAGUGAGGGCCCGGGGCAGAGCAAGGAGCACAAGCUACUCUCCGCGCUCCCUGGGCUGAACCCCAGCGAACGGCCAGCCCUGGCGGCCACCUAUGAGCCCCUGAAAGACUGCCACGACUUGGCCUUCCAAGCUUUCAAGGACUUCCAAGCAGACGAGGCGGACGAGGUCCGGAACCCAGAUUUUGCAGGGGACCCUCCGGCCCCGCCGAACGCCUCUCCCGAAGACCACCAGGCCAUCCUCGGUGCGGCGAGUGCGGACAUCAUGCCCGAAGCGGAGUCUUGCGUGGACCUGGAGAGCAUCAUCGCGGACGGGAACGCAUUGAUAGAGGAGGAGGAGGAGGAGGAGGAGGUGUCCUUCAACCUCCCGGAGAAGGUCCUCUUGGAAGAUGCCAUGAAGUUGUUUGACUGCUCCCCGGUGAACUCGGACACCGAGGCCUCGUUGGACGGCCUGGGCAGCGGACGCCGCAGCCGGCACUGGGGAGACAGCCUGAGGGACAGUUGCUUCUCUGGCGAGGAUUCGACCAGUGACAUCCGGUCCCUCAACUUGCCCGACGAGCUGCUGUCCUUCGAUUACAGCGUGCCGGAAAUCCUCAGCGCGGUCACAAGCCUGGACUACCUCUACGACGUGAACGCUUUCGGGGAGGAGCCGCAGUGGGAGGCCCGGCCACUCUCACAGCCCCCUCUGCAGCACGAGCCCCACGUGGGCCUCGAGGACAAAGCGACGAGCGGUGUUGCCAAGAAAAGCAAGCCUGCGGCCGGCCAGUCAAAGGUAGCAUCCGUGCAGGGAGGCGACGGUGAACCCCAGGGACAGGAUUCCACCCCACUGGGGAUCUGA